AUUGUUUUAACUAAUCACGUGUGUCACACAGGGGUUCCUCCAAGAUGGAAGAGGCCUGUGAUAUGUAUGUGAGAGCAGCCAACAUGUACAAAAUGGCCAAAAACUGGUGUGCUGCAGGAAAUGCGUUCUCCCAAGCUGCUGCCCUUCACCUCCAGAUGCAGAGCAAACAUGAUGCAGCAACUAACCUUAUAGAGGCUGGAAAUGCCUUCAAAAAAGCAGAUCCACAAGAGGCCAUAAACUGCCUAAACCGAGCUAUUGAGAUAUACACUGAUAUGGGGCGCUUUACCAUCGCAGCCAAACAUCACAUCACCAUUGCUGAAGUAUAUGAGACAGAGUUGGUGGACAUCGACAAGUCCAUCGCUCAUUACGAACAGGCAGCAGAUUAUUACAAAGGUGAAGAAGCCACCAGGUGAGUAUUUUAGAUCAGUAA